CUAGUAGAGUUUACCCGAUCAGGUAAUUUACACCAUCAUUUUUGGCGCCGACCGUGGGACCGUUAAGGUUUCUUUUCAUCCAAGCACAAACCUACCCACAAAAACACCACUCAAAAUGUCUUCAAGCCAGCAAAUGAACGCUACUUCUGCUCAGGUGCAAGCCACCACUGAGGGGGUCAGCAUCCCCAUGGUUGCUAGCCAACCGGCUGUUUCUGCUCCCACGCUGCCAUUGGGCCUGAGUUCAAUUCCAAAACCAAGCGUGGUCACCCCGUUCACCAUCCCUGUCCCUUCUGCUGGACCAAGGGUUACCUUCCCACCAAGUAUGACCCAGUUCAUGAAUGACCCGGCCAACCUACAAGCCAUUCAAGGCUUUGGUCAGGUCAUGGCUAUGUGCCAACAGAAUGGGGGGAUGCAAUUCCUCCCUGGCGAGGGGAGGGAGGCCGAGCCUGCCCGUACCCAGCGAUCCCGGUCUAACCGGCAAGAGCCCGCGAGGACGAGGGCCUCCUGUCAAGAAGAGGAAGCAGAGAGCCAACCUAGAAGACCGGUGGCUAACCGGCUGACGGGCCUCCCAAAUGAUCGUGUCCAGCAGAUGGAGGCAAAAUUGGAGAGGUUGGAGAAGAAGGUUGGAGAAAAGAAUAACCGGGACAAACCCCUCGCCGGAUCCCCGUUCACCACAAGGGUCCAUCUGACACCUUUCCCACGAAAGGUCAAGAUAGACGCUCCGAGAUUCACCGGGAAGGAAGAUCCAGAAAUCUAUCUGGAUUCUUUCAAUCAAAGUGCAACCAUGAACGGUUGCACUGAUGAAGAAAAGUGCCUUCUUUUCUUCCAGACCCUGCGAAACCGAGCUACUGAAUGGUUCAACAAGCUUCGCCCAGGAAGCAUUGAUUCAUUCAGCGACUUGGCCUCAAAAUUCAAGGCCAAGUUCCAGAAGAAUUGUACUAAGAGGAAGAAAUUCACCUAUCUUAGUACAGCCGGGCAGAGGGAAUCUGAGAACCUCACUCAAUUCCUUACCCGGUGGAAAGAAGAGGUUGACAAGAAAGAGGCUGAACACGGAUUCAAGCCCAAACCAGUGCAGAUCAAGAAGGAAGAAGCAUCGGGACCUAGCCGGCCAAGGCAUCACUAUGACCCGGUCAUCCGAGUGGUCAAUACAGAAGAAUGCCGAGAGAUCAAGAAAGCACCGGUCAGUCCUCCGGAAAACCCUACCGGUCAAACAGGACGGCAAUGGUCGGGCACCUAUUGUUCAUACCAUAGGUCAGAUUCCCAUAACACUCCCAAAUGCAAGAGUGUUAAGGGAGGCAUCCGGAAAAUGAUAGACAGUGGAGAGCUGGGCAAAAACUAUUUGCAAAAAGCCCAGGAGAAGAGCCACCAAUGGGUUAGGCCAGCGACCCAUGGAAAUGACCGGGAUACUGACCGACGGAGGAUUAACCGGCAAAGGGAGCAGCAACUUGCUCCUGAAAAAGAGCAUAUUGGGAUGAUCUUCGGCGGACCUGAAGGUGGGGAUUCAGACACGCAACGGAAGAAUUGGGUCCACAGCAUUUACGUUGGUGAGAGGAAUGCUCGGGAGUGCUAUGCCCGGGCAGUCAAGAAGAUGACUAAGGGGGUCAAUGUCAUCUCCCAAGAAGUCACAAAGGGAGAAACCUGGGAGAAACUUGAGUCCGAGGCCGAGACGGUGGAGAUCGAGCUUCACCCGGGUGAUUCUUCAAGGAUGGUCAGAAUUGGAGCAAAUCUCCCAGAAGAUCUCAAGGCGGAGAUUACACGUGUCCUCCAAGAGUACGCGGGCAUAUUUGCGUGGAGCGUGGCAGAUAUGCCUGGAAUUGACCGCUCAAUCAUCUGCCAUCGGUUGGCGGUGAGGGAUGGAAGUCAACCGGUACGCCAGAAGAAGAGGUACCUAGCCAGUGACCGGCGAGACUUCGUCCGGAAGGAGGUCAAGGACCUCCUCAGUGUUGAGUACCGGCCAAGGUCAGCAAUCAAGGGACAAGCCCUUGCGGAUUUCCUGGUAGAAAUGACCGGUCUAGCUCUAGAGCUACCGAUCAACAAGCCCACUGAGCAAUGGUGGGAGAUGGCAGUAGACGGGGCAUCCGGUCCUAAAGGGUAUGGGGGUGGUAUAGUGUUUACCACCCCAGAAGGGUUCAAGAUUUACCAUGCACUUGUCUUCAACUUCAAGCUGACGAACAAUGAGGCAGAGUAUGGAGCUCUAGCUGGAUGGCUCAGACUUGCCCAAGCCCUGAAAAUCAGCCAGUAUGCUCCCGAGCAUGUUUCAAAACUUUCCCGGGUGGAAAUCCCUGAUCGAGCCCGCAUCGAGAAAUUGGAAGUUGCCGCUAUAGCAGCAGGCCAAUCUGACCGGUCAAACCUGGUCGGGGCAGACGACCAUUGGAUGUUCGAUCAAAUGGAAUAUUUGAUGGAUGGGAGCUUGCCAGAACAAGAUGACCGGGCAAGGAAAGUGAAGCUCAGGGCACCCCGGUUCCAAGUCCUUAAUGGGAAACUAUACAAGAGGGCGUUCGGGGGACCCCUCCUGAGGUGUCUAACCAACCGGAAGGCGGAACGAGUUAUAGCCGAAGUCCAUGAAGGCGUGUGUGCGACGCAUCAAAUGUCCUGUACCCUUUCCCAGCACAUCAUCUUGUUGGGGUAUUACUGGCCAACAAUUGUCCAGGUCUGUGAGAGGUACGUUUAGAAAUGCAGAACGUGCCAGCAAGACUACCCAUCGAAGUUGAAUUCCCAACAUUCCGAGAAUCAAAUUAUCAACCCCGG